UAUAUAACGAGUGAUCCCUCACAAUCUUAAUAUCGUCCCAAACCGAACUUCACAAGCAGAAAUCACUGGCAUGGCACCUCUCAAAAUCCUCAUCUGCGGCGGCGGCUGCGCUGGCCCAGCCCUGGCCCUGUUCCUUGCUCGUAGCGGACAUCAAGUCGUCGUCGUCGAGCGUUUCCCCGUCCUCAGAGCCCAGGGUGCUCAAAUCGACCUGCGUGGUCAGGGAAUUGAGACCGUGCGACGCAUGGGGCUUCUCAAGACCAUCCGAGACGCAUGCGUCGGUGAAGGAGGCGCAUGCUGCGUGAAUGCGCAGGGCGAGGUAAUUGCGACCUCAAUGGCGAACACAUCAGGCCAAGGCGCCCAGACGCUCACGUCCGAGUACGAAAUUAUGCGCGGAGACAUGGUGCGCACACUCUACGACGCGACCAAAGACAACGUGCAAUACAUAUUCGGCAAGUCCGUCGAACAUUUCGAGCAAGAUGGGAAUGGGGUGACCGUGCACUUCUCAGACAACACAUCCGACACCUUCGAUCUCCUGGUCGGCGCAGACGGCCAAAACUCCCGCAUUCGAAAAGCCAUCCUACCGCCAAACGGGCCCGAUCCGUACCGGCGAAUGGGGAUUUACAUCGCCUACUUCUUCAUCCCCCGGCGAGAGACCGACAACAACAUGGUAAAUGUCUACUUCUGUCCCGGCAGCCGACUGAUCUUCCGCCGAUCCCCCGAAUCAUCCGAAACAGGCGUCUACCUCAUGUUCCGGGACGAUUCCCCAGAGCUGCACAGUAUAUCAAAAGCCUCUGUGGAGCAACAAAAAGCGUUCUUCGCGCAAAGGUUCCGCGGCGCAGGGUGGGAGAUGGACCGAUUUCUCGAAGAAAUGAAAACCGCAGACGACUUCUUCUGCCAUGAAUGCGUCCAGAUCCGCACCGACACAUGGCACAAGGACCGUGUGGUCCUCUUGGGCGAUGCCGGAUACUGUCCCUCGCCGUUUAGCGGCAUGGGGACAACGGUCGGUGUCGUCGGGGCUUACGUUCUCGCUGGCGAGAUCAGCCGCAACCCUGAUAAUCUGCCGCUGGCGCUGGAAAACUACGACAAGACGCUGAGGCCGUUUAUCACCGAAGUCCAGAAGAUUAAUCCCACCUACAUCCGGUUGUUCAUGCCCGAAUCGCGGUGGGGCGUUGCUAUUAUCCAGUGGAUCGUGUGGCUGCUUUGCCUAUUGCACGUUCCCAGCAUUCUUGCGCGGUUUGCGCCGGAAGAAGAGGGCGGCUGGAAGAUGCCAGACUAUCCGAGUCUUAACUCGGUGGCUUGAAUUGUCUGCCAGAGGUCAAUACAUUGAAAUUUAUCUACGCUCUAUAUGCUUAAUGAAUCUCCCCCCUCAAAUCAUUACAUGUCUUACUUUUGUCGUGUAUUAUAUAUGAACAGUGGUGUCAAAUGGUCCAGCGAAUUUUAGCAGAAAUCAAUU